AUUGUAGCUUUGGUGAAAUUGAGCGGUCGAGGGGCGGGAUAUGGCAUGUAUUGUCAUUCGUAUUAAAAUAACCCGCUGGCAUACAUAUGAAUGCAAGUACAUACAUACUUAUGUGAUGCAUAACGCACCGCAGUAGCAUCUCGCGCAGGUUGCGGUAGCGACGUACCUGUGGGCACACAGCUACGAAAUUUUCGUCAGUCGAAACGAAACCUGUACUGAAACUACAUUAUAGUGACACUACACAAUGGUUCUUCCGAACAACGACCUGCCGGAGCCGGACAACUCGGGUGACGACGGUGGUGGACUGUCUGCUGUGCCAGCAUACCUUGUCGACCAACAAGGCUCGUCUGAUUCGGACUCGGAGUUCGGUGACGGGGACGGCGUCGACUUGGGCGGCUACCAGCUGCUCCCUCAAGACCCGGAUCAGGCGAGCGACACGGAGGAACCUGAGGAGGAACAAGAGGCCUCUCCAGGGUUUAUGGCUCUACCCGAGGCUCCCAACGAGUGGCGGCCAACAGAGGAGAUGCUGCGGCCUGCCGAGCCCCGGAGAGUGGAACCUUUAGGACAAGCACAAAUUCAAGCCAUCCAAGCCGCCAUGGCAGGGUUUGAACUGCCCAGCUCUCACCUGCCUCCUUGGGCCAAAGACGUGCCCGAAGAGGAAUGGAAGCAGUGCCUCUACCGCAAGUUGAAAAGCCUGGAAGCACAACAAUCGUAGCUUCACAGCGCAGUAUGAUCAACUCUGACACUAGUCUCAAGGAAUAAACAUAUUGCUCUUUGUAA